GCUUCUAACAACCCCUCUGCGCAAGACUUUCGCGCCCAUUACCGCUCGUCCUACAUUCAAGCCGUUCCUCUGUGUUCGUCCGAUUCAUUGCUCUUCCGCCAUGUCCGGUGUUAGCAAGGCUUGCUGCCAGAUCCCCCCUAUUGUCGCCCAGGGAUACCAGGGCAAGGGUGAAUACAAGACUAUCAAUGGCUUGAAGACGUACGUUACCGGUCCUGAGUCCGCCUCCAAGGCCAUCCUCGUCAUCUACGACAUCUUCGGUUUCUUCCCCCAGACCAUCCAAGGAGCCGACAUCCUGGCCAACUCCAACGAGCAAAAGUACCGUGUCUUCAUUCCCGACUUCUUCGAGGGCCAGCCCGCCGACAUCACCUGGUUCCCUCCUCAGACCAAUGACCACAAGCAGAAGCUUGGCAACUUCUUCCAGACCAAGGCCGCUCCCCCCAACACCCUCUCCAAGAUCCCCAACGUCGUGUCCGAGGCCAACAAGCUCUCUUCCAGCGGCAGCUUCGACUGGUCCAUCCUGGGCUACUGCUGGGGUGGUAAGAUCACCGCUCUCUCCUCCGGCCAGGACAACAAGCUCUUCAAGUCUGCUGUCCAGUGCCACCCCGCCAUGGUUGACCCCAACGACGCCAAGGCCGUGAACGUCCCCAUGGCUCUCUUGGCCUCCAAGGAUGAGCCCCCGAACGACAUUGAGGCGUUCAAGACCAACCUCAAGACGCCUAACCACGUCGAGACUUUCCCCACUCAGAUCCACGGCUGGAUGGCUGCUCGUUCGAACUUGGAGGAUGCCGAGGUGCGCAAGGAGUACGAGCGUGGCUACAAGACCGUGCUUGACUUCUUCCACAAGCACGCCUAAACCGUGCCAUGUAGUAUAAAAAUGAAUAAUGACUUUUAACAAUCCAUACAUGUAUAGUGAUCCAGUAUUCUGGCUCUGAUGUUUUGGCAUAAUUCUUGCUUGACAUUCA